GGCGUGCUCCUCAUGUUAUUCAACGGGACGACUAAAUAUCGAGAUUAUGCGAUUGUGAUAUCAUUAUUCUUCCUGCUAAACGUCUAUUUAUUGUACAAUACGGCUCAACACACGCAAGUCGGAAAUUCGAAGCAUAUUUCGUCGGAUAGCGGUGAAAAAACGUCGAAUCCUCUUCCAUCAUGCGAAAUCACAGAUGACCUGGCGAAAAGUGCAAUUUCCCGUGCAAUUACUCCAUCCUGCAAAGCAAAACUGCAGCUGGAAGCUUGUCAACUGAAAAAUGGGACUUUUACAAUAAAUUUUCCGGAAAAUCAAUGCCCGAACCACGAUAGCCGGCUUAUCGACCAACGAAUCGGCUGUUUUUUGGACAAAAAAGAGGCUCGAGUGCUCACAGAGUUCGAGUACAAACUUCCAAAGUCAAAUGGGAAAGCGACGUGUCGAAAGCACUGCUAUAAAGCUGGUUUUUUGUAUUUCGGACUUGAAUUCGGACACGAAUGCUUCUGUGGGAAUGAUGUAUCAAAUGCGACGGCGGUUGAUGACGUGGAAUGUCGGGCGUAUAAAUGUCCGGGAAAUGAGAACUCGGAGGAGUUCUGUGGUGGAUUCAAUGCAGUCGAGAUUUUUAGGACAGGAUUUAGAAGCAAAGUGAAUCACCGCAAGCCGACAUAUCUUCCACCUAGCAGCGAUUCUAUCAAAAAUCCCGUCAAAAUUCUCUUCCUUCUUCAAUUAAAUGGUAGAAAUGAGCGUCAAGUGAAACGAUUUCUCAAAUCAAUUUAUCUUCCACAUCAUUAUUACUAUAUCCACGUGGAUGCACGUCAGAAUUACAUGUUCUCAGAAAUGCAAAAAGUUGCUGAUUUUCUGGAUAAUAUUCAUAUAACCGAACGGAGAUUCAGCACAAUUUGGGGUGGAGCAUCACUUUUACAAAUGUUUCUGCAAGUGAUUAGGGAUUCGAUGAAAAUUGAGAAAUUCAAGGAUUGGGAUUAUAUUAUUAAUUUCUCGGAAAGUGAUUUCCCGAUUCUACCGAUUUCCGAUUUUGAGAGACUUAUCACUGUAAACAACGGAAAAUCAUUCCUGGCCUCACACGGCUACAACACUGGAAAAUUCAUUCAAAAACAAGGAUUCGAAUACGUGUUCUCCGAAUGCGAUAAUCGAAUGUUCCGUAUCGGAAAACGCGAAUUUCCACAAAAUCUACGAAUUGACGGCGGAUCCGAUUGGGUUGGAAUUCAUCGAAAUCUCGCCGAAUUUUCGAUUUCCGACGAGGAAUUGCCUCGAAAAUUGCGAAAAACGUAUGAAAGUAUACUUCUACCACUGGAAUCAUUCUAUCAUACUCUUGCGUUCAAUUCCGAAUUCUGUGAUGAUCUACUGAUGAGCAAUUUGCGGCUUACGAAUUGGUACAGGAAACAGGGAUGUCGGUGUGCUUCAUUGAAGCCUAUUGUUGAUUGGUGUGGAUGUUCGCCGCUGGUUUUUCGUGAAGAAACUAUGAAGAAAUUUGAGCUUCAAAAAGCCAUCUCCAAACCAACCUACUUUGCCCGAAAAUUCGAUAGUAUGGUAGAUAUCGAUUCAAUUGAAGCCGCCGAAAUGCAAUCAAUUUCACCUGAAAAACUUCAAUUAAAUCAUCCAACCUAUCAUUUCGCUUUUGCAAAUAUUUUCAAAACUGGAAUCGACGAGCAGAAGCUUCAUUUCGAAAGUUUGGCGAAUUUCGCGCUGAAAUCCACCGAAACUCGGGCAAAAUUCCGAAAAGUUUUGCGAAUCGAUGCUCUUCGAGCUCAUCAUAAUGCUCUCAUCGAGAUUGUCAUGAAAAUCGAAACGACGGACGGCGCGACGUUUGAAUUUUUGAUUCAUAGACUGUCCCAUGUGAAUUUGACGGAAAAUGAGGAGAAGCUUGUGGAGCACGGAUAUCUAUUGAGAGCUGUAUCGUUUGGAACAAAAUUUGAAUGGAAAGAGGAGCUUUGCAGGGAAUAUAUGGGAUUUGUCACUGAUAACGACACUCUUCACACCCGCUUGCAAUGGCAUCCGACAGAACAUGUGAAAAAAGUUGGAGACAAGACGAGUCCCGAAAUGAUAUUCAAAUAUCGAAAAGGCGAUGAGCUCAUUGAGCAAACUGUUGUAAAGCCGUACGAUUCAGUGUUUGGAGGACAAUUUGAUAGUUGGAAUGUUGGGAAAAAACUCUCCAACCUGACGACCUGUUCCAAUUUCUUCGUCGACAUCAUCUCCCCAUCGUCACCCGAUGAUGCUCCACCGCUCGCCACACUACAUUUUCCCGUUUACACUGAUCAAAACGCGCAUUGCCACGUGGAUUACCUACGCCAGUUCUUCAAAAUUGCCGAUUUUUGCACUUCCGGCGACGCUUGCAAGGAAAAGAUCUGGAGUACGAGCUAUCCCGAUCCGAAAUCAGAUAUUUUUGUCGGAUACGAUGAGGAUACGCAGACCUUGAUUUAGAACACAUUUUUUUGUUUGUAGAAAUUUCUGAUUUUUUUUCUUCAAAUUUUAAUUGUUUUAUAGUGCUCAACGAUUGGCUUUUGCAAUGUGUUAUUUUCAGCGAAAACCCCCUGAAAAAACAGUUUUUCUGGCAAAAAGCCGCAAAAAACGGUUUUUUUAAGCUUAAAACCCAAAAAAAAAAGGGGUUUUUUUUUUUGCUGAAAAACGCGAAAAAAUAGGCAAUUCUGCUAUUUUUCAACACAAAAAUGUCAAAUUUAUGGCCUUUUCUGUAAAUUUACUCCUUUUUGGGCAACAUUUCAGAAACAAAUUCUUUUUUUUUUUUUUUUUUUGGAAAAAUACGAUUAAAAUCCAGAAAUUCACGUGUUUUUUUCACGAAAAAUACGAAAAACCAAAAAUUCACCGUACCUACAUGUAGCAAAAGCCAAUUUAAAUAAAAACUGGAGCACCGGAAUCUGGGAAAUAUGUUUAAAUUUUUCCCCCGACUCCAAAUUUUCCCCUGAUUCCGAAAAUCUAUGCAAAAAAAAUGCAUUUAAAAAAUUCCCAGAUUUUAUAUUUCAACUUGAAAUCGAGAGUUUUCGCGUCAGAGACGCCAUAUGUUGAUUUACGAGAUUUGUGUGUAUUUACGAGGUUUUAAAUCUUUAUAGGAUGCUAAUUUCCAUUUUUUAAAACAAUUUUCCUUCGUUUUCGGGGGGGUUUUUUUUGUUGAAAAUGUUUAAUUUUUAAGGUCAAUUACACAUUUUAUUGUCAAAAAACUGGCGAAAUUCCUUUUUGACCUGAAAAAUUCAACAUUUUCAAAGAAAAAACCCCCCGAAAAUGAAGGAAACUCGUUGAAAAGCGGGAAUCAACAUCAGAUAAAGAUUAAACGUUUCGUAAAUAUACACAAAUAUCGUAAAUCGACACACAUGGCGUCUCUGGCGCGAAAAUUCUCGAUUUCAAGCUGAAAUAUAAAAUCAGGGAUUUUUUUUUGAAUUUUUUCACGUCGAUAUUCAAAAUCAGGGGAAAAUUUGGAGUAAUUUUUAAAAAUAUUUUCCAAAUUUCGGUACUCCACCAUUUUUAAUCACAUUUUCCUCGCGCCGCCAACCCGUGCCUUUAUUCUCCCCAGUUUCAUUUUCUCACCCUGCGUGUCUCCCUAAUAGUGUGAUGAUCAAAAUUUUACAGUUUUUUUUUUUGCAUAAUAAUUAUAUCUUCAGUUUAUGUUCCCAAUGGUUUUCCGGGUAUAUUGCAUUUUCCCCCAUGAAACUUGUUAUUUUUCCCGCAUUUUGUGAUAAUCUAGCCAUCCAGUGAUAAAAUUGUUUCAUU